CACACACACAUACACACACACACACAUACACACACACACACACAUACACACACACACACACACACACACACGUGUGUUUGUUUUAUAUCAUCGUGGGGACUUUCCAUAGACUUCUAUGAAUUUUAUACAGAUCUAACGAUCAUUUAUAUCCCCAAACCCUCACAGAAACCUUUGUGCAUUUUUACAUUUAAAUAAAAUAAAAUAAAAUAAAUAGCACAGUUUAGUUUGUUUAAUAAGCCAUUCCCCUCGACAAUGUAGGUGAUCUCAGGUAUUACUAUGUAGUAUAAACAUGUGUACACACACACACACACACACUUGACUAUCACAUUCUCAGCACACUGUCGAGAUAAGGAGCUCCCAUGUGUAAGGACACGUAUUUUUUACGGCUUUUCAUAACUGUAUGGAAUAUUUAAACAACACCCCGCCCGUCGUCUCUGUUUUUAGCCUCUUAGGGGCUGUUCACACCGAACACGUCUCUGCACUGUUUUUCAGUUGUUUUCUUACGUAAACUUGAGCUAUAAAGAGUACAGACGUCUUUGACCAUUACGUCGCGUCGCGUCUCGUUGUUUUCUAGCGUCUCGCGCAGGAGCGCCGCUUCAGGUUAAAAAGAGCUUAAAGUGUGAAGUGUGUAUCCUGUUUGUACACACACCAGGCAAACAAAAUAGCUAGCAAAAUAAUGUGUGCGUGUGUUUUUGAAUCCCUUUAAUAUAUUUACCAUGGUAUUCGAAGUUUCUGCCAAGAUACCAUAGUUACAGUUAUUGUUUAGAACAGUAAAUGUGUUGUCAUUUGUUUUUAGCCACCACUGUCAUUAAAAAAGAAAUGAAACAACAUUUCUGAAAGCUUCUUACACUGUUUGUAGGAGCUAGAUCUCAUAUUAAUGUAUUAUAGCUGAAGCAGUGACAAUAACCGUAGCCUUGUUACUAAGAAUAAGUAACUUUUUUUAUUUUUAUUUUCUGUUGUUUUUUUUUUUUUUCUUUGUGAAUUUCAGGUCUUUGAUAGUUAUGGAAAUAAAUAAAAUCCUAAUGAACAUUACUGUAGUGAAUAUUGAUUUUUUACAACCUCUACAAAAUUAUUAGAAAAUAUUCUUAUCCAGUAAAUAUAAAACAACUAAGAAAAAAGUCAUGAAAAAUCAAUGGUCAAAAGGUGCAGGAAUCCUAAUGAAUUGAGUUGCAUAGCCAAAAUGUCACACUGCCCGCUGUUGUGAUGUUUGGAGGGACUUGAUGGCACUAAUUCUUAUUCAGCACAUGUAUAUCUUUUCUUUAUGUUGUUAUGAUACAGAUUAACUCAACAUGUCGAUGGAGAGCUUGAAAUCCUCAGAGUUCACCUUCCAGUCCUCUGUGCACAGUUCCCAUGUUCUCCAAUGUCUGAACGAGCAGAGGAAGAAAGAUCUCCUGUGUGAUUUGACUGUUGUGGCCGAGAACCUGAGUUUCCGAGCCCACCGUGCAGUUCUGGCCUCCUGCAGUGAUUUCUUUAGCGCCCGGGUGUCCAGUCAUACAACAGCUCAAGGCCUUGUCAUCAGCCUCCCUGAUGAGGUUACUGCAGAGGGAUUUGAACCCUUAUUGGAGUUUGCAUACACCUCAAAACUCAUCUUUACCAAAGAGAAUGUGCUGGAAAUUCGUAACUGCACUACUGUCCUUGGUUUCAAGAACCUGGACAAAGCCUGCUUUGACUUCCUUCUCCCCAAAUUCUUUGACAGCAGCAGAAGAGGUUCAAAAGUCCAAAGGAAGCAGUGCUGCAAGACCAAAUGCUGCAUAUCACAAAAUGCUGAGUUGAGCUUUAUUAACAAAGAUGACAUCAAUGAUGAAGACAAAUUAUUACUCCAACCCUCAGAGUUUCAGUUCAAAGAACAGGAGCCAUCUUGCCCGCCCUCUGCACCCAUUGAGGAUGCACCAGGAGGCUGUCACAAAGUUCAAAGUGAAAGUAACACAGACUACUCCCUCCUAUGCCCAAAGUACCGAAAGUUUCAAAUAGCUUGUGGGAAGGAGCGAUCUUGUCUGGAUGUCUGCGGCUUGGAAACGGCCCCAGUGUCCCUUGAGAAGACAGAUGAGAACUGUCCCCUAGCUUGCUUUCCUUGCUCAAGCAAUGGGGACUGCAAGGAGAUCUCAAUCUGCAGUAAAACACCUCUCAAUGGCGAUGAAGAUUCGCUUCUUUCAGAAUGUUGUGCUCCAUCUGUUUGUGGCCCUUGCAGUCCUUGCAUGAACCAGCCAUCAUUACCAAGCUAUAGUGACUCAACACAGUCCAUUUGUGUCUCAGGAGACUCUGCUAAACAGGGAAUGCCCUUUUGCUCAGGCAUGAAUGAUGCAGAAAGCGCUGUUAGGAACAGUAACAUAGAGACUUGCUCUCUCGACCAAAGCAACACCCUGAGAAGUAGAGAAGAAAUAGAGGUGGCCAAGCAGCUCACGUUCUGGCCGGAGUGUCCCACCCAGGGAUCUCCAUCUCCCUCGAACUUCAACUGUCUGAAGAGCUGGCAUCUGGAUCCCAGAGCAGUGGAGUGUCCCUUCCUACAGGAUUUUGGUGCAGUGGGCGCACAACUACAUGAUGGGGAGGGCGGAUCGACAUCACAAGGCAGUCCAUAUGUACCGUCUAACCAAUCAGGGGAGGACUCUGAUAGUUUUGACACAGAGGGGGACAGUGAGUCUUACAGUAGUGAACGAGUAUGUGAGAUGGCGCUGCCGCUUUCUGUGGAGCAGAUCGUGUCUUUGAGCAGGAAUGACUUCCAGCAGAUGCUGAAGCAGCAGUGUUUUACACGGGAGCAACUCGAAUUCGUGCAUGACAUUCGCAGACGAAGCAAGAACCGUAUUGCAGCUCGACGCUGCCGCAAGCGAAAACUCGACUGCAUUCAUAACUUGGAGUGUGAAAUCGAGAAACUGAGGAGUGAGCGAGAGAAGCUCACAGCUGAGAGGAUGCAGUUGAAUCAGAUGAAGGUGAAGGCCUGGCAGACUUACUCAGGCCUGUAUGAGAGGGUCUGUGCUGAAGCUGCCCUUAGACCCGAACAGCUUCAGGUACUGGCCAAAUAUUCCUCUCCAGACUGCCCACUGUCUGCCUUCCUUUGCCCCUCCUCAGACCACUCUCAGAGCACUCAGCUUCAGCAAGCUUCAGGACUUCCUUCAUACACCUGUUGCUCUGAAGCCAAACCAUCACUUAGUUCCUCAUUGGAAUAUACUGGUGGUGUUGCACAAUCAAGCUUGCAAAACCUUUUACCUACGGGGCUUGAAGACGCUCUGUCACAUUGCUGUUCAACUGACAUAUGGCCUUCCAAGAAAAGUGGGUGUUCGAUUGUGAAACUCAGAACGGAUCUCACUGGCAAGCAUGAAACUGACUAAUAGCAAAAUCAAACAUUUGUUUGUUGAAUAUGGGCCACAGAAAAUCACUGAAGGACUUUUUUUUAUAUGUGGCACAAACACACAGAAGGUGCAUUUAAGAAAUCACUACUAUUCCUUGUCUGAUCGUAUGUCGUACAUCUUAUGUUUUUUUACUCGAAUUCUGUUGACAGGCAUAUGUGUACAUUGUGAAAUUAGUGUUUUUUUGUUUUGUUUUGUUUUUGUUUUUCAGUGUUCAAUUUUAAGUAUGACCUUAAUCAUAUUUAUAGUCUCAAUACACAUGUCCUCCAAACGUCCUCACAUUCUCAGCCUCAAUCCACAGGAUCAUGAUCAUUUUUGGACUCAUGCACAACUAAAAAGUUUGAUAGCUAAUAAAGACAUUUUUAUUCUUCUCAGGGGACAUGCUGUGUUUGGAUUAUACAGUGUUUGGACUAAACAGUGCUUUACUGUUUUCUAGCAGAAAAGAAAAUGCCUGUAUUUGCUGAAGAUGUUCCACUUUGAGCCCAGUCAGUAGAUAUUGAUAAGCACAUUUAAACUUUACAAAACUUGCAACUAAUAGACCAAUGAAUCUGGAAUCAAACUCUCAGGUGUUCAGUACUGCACAUGCUAUAGAUUCCUACUAUAGACACUGAUUCACUGAAUUGUUGAUUUUAUGUAAUUGCGGACUAAAUGUUUUUUAUCAGCUGGUUAUUUGUAAGCAAAAAUGGUUACAUAUGUAAUGGUAUAUAUUCUGUUUUAGGAAAAAAGCAGAUCAUUUUUGAAUUUGAUAUAAUUACAUUUUAAUUAUUCCACUCUUUCAUUGCUUGUCUUACUUGGGUCCAAAUUAAACCGUUAUCUGUUAAGAAGUAGAAACAUAGUUAAUAAAUUGUUAAUAAAUUGAUUGUGAAUUUGAAAUAG